AUGGAGCGGACUUCGUCGUGGCUGGUGGACAGCGGCGCAUCCUCCCAUAUCUGCUCGGAUCGUUCGCUGUUUUCGUCUCUCAAGAAGCCCAACGAAGAGAUCCUUGUUCGUUUUGGUGGAGGAGAGACUUACAAGGUCUUGGGAGUCGGCACGGUGGUGGCUACUCUUCGGUCACCAACAUCGGAAACCACCAUUCAGCUUGACAACGUUCUAUUUCUCCCUUCAUCAGUUCACAACCUGCUCUCUGUUCGUGCGCUUGGUGCUGCCGGCGUUGCCGUCUCGUUCCCCGCUGCUGGGCGCGUUGUUCUCACAUCUGAUGACGUUCCUAUUGGCGAGGGCUACACCCGCAACAAUCUGUUUUAUCUUCAACUGCAUCAUGGGAGCAGUGCUGCUCCUUCUAUCAAGCCAACUGCAUGUCCAGCCUCCACCACCACCUCCUCGUACCUCUGGCAUCGUCGUUUCGGGCAUCUCAACAUGCAGGCCUUGUCAACACUUCAUCGGCAGCAGCUGGUCACCGGUCUUCACCUCUCCUCCACCUCGAUUCCCCCCUGCAUCUCCCACAUCUUCUCCUCCUCCAUUGUUUUCCAACCUUCCUCUGCCCUCGACGCCGCAAGACUUUCACCUUCCAUCCUUCUCUCCUCCCUCUUCGCCUCCCCCUCCCCAUUGCACGACUCGCUCCUCCCCGCCAUCCCCUUCAGCUCUUCCCGAUCCUUCCCUUUUCUCCUUCCUCAAGGUCUUACCAUCCCCUUCCGAACCCAUUGA